AUGCCUGAGACGCAGUGCAAGCCACAGAAGGCAGGACUCCAGCCUCUAUCUGUUGCCGUCCAACCAGGAUCAUACACCGCAGAUUUGGCUAUCGCACUUAAUAAUCUCUUUCCAGUCUUGGGUGGCACUCGGAGGCGCUCCCGAUCAUACGUUCCGGAUUUGGCCAUCUCGGUCUAUGUUUCGCUCCGAUUCAUCGAGGAAAGCGUCAAACUCCAGCGCCAGCUAGUUGCUGUUCACCGGGAUCAUACACCUUGGAUUUGA